AUGAACAACAACAUGAGCAGCACCCCCUGGACAACCACAAGUAUGGUACCAAUCUGCCCAGCCCCUCCGGCGCCAACGCUGCUGGCGCCUUCCUCCCAACAGCUGAACACUCCUUUGAUCGCGUCAACGCUGGUGCUGGAACCGUCUCUGAGCGGACAGCCUCCCGCACAGAAUCCCGAUCAGGGCUUCCCCGUCAGGUUGCAUUACAUGCUAACGGACAUUCAGAAGGAAGGAAUCUUUACUCACAUUGUGUCCUGGCAGCCCCAUGGACGGUGCUUUGUGGUUCACGACAAGAAGCAGUUUGUGGAGAAGAUUCUCUGCCUCUGGUUCCGCCAGUCCAAAUGGGCCAGCUUUCAGAGGCAGCUCAACAUGUACGGCUUCAAGCGUUUGAGCCAUGGGCUGGACAAGGGUGGCUACUACCAUGACCUCUUCCUCCAGAACUGCCCGCAGUUGGCUCGUCAAAUUCAGCGACACAAGGUCAAGGGAAAAGGACCUCGUCGUCCUGCUCAGCCCGACGCCGAGCCAAACUUCUACAGUUUGCCCUCCAUGAACAGCCCUCCUCCGCCUGCCCCUGCGGUCAAGAACUACCACCACACGCAUUAUUCCUGCGGCGCGCCAGCAAACGUCAUGGCAGCCACCUUGCCACAGCCCACCACUGGUGCACCGGCUGGUGCCAUUACCCUUCGAAACACGGUUGGGUUGACGCUCUUGACGGUCCCCAAGCUGUCGGAUAUCUUUCCCACCCUCCCGGGAACCCGCAAUGCAGAUGAAGAGGAUGCCUUGACGUUGGAGGAGUUGGCUUUGUUCAGUUAG